AUGGACUCUUACCAAGCACCUGCUGCUGGCGCCGGUGGCCGUGGCUGCUACAACUGCGGAGACUCGUCUCACCGCGCUGCCGAGUGCCCCACCAAGGGUACCCCAACUUGCUACAACUGUGGUGAGAAGGGCCACGUUAGCCGUGAAUGCACUUCUCCCCAGGCUGAGAAGACGUGCUACCGCUGCGGUGGCACCGGCCACAUCUCGCGCGAGUGCACCAAGGACGGCGGUGCCCAGAUGGGUGGCCGUGGCGGCGGCAGCCAAGAGUGCUACAAGUGUGGUCAGGUCGGUCACAUUGCCCGCAACUGCUCCCAGGGUGGCGGCUACGGCGGUGCUGCUGGUGGAUACGGUGGCGGCCGUGGAGGCUACGGUGGCGGUGCCGGUGGCUACGGAGGCGCUCGCCAGACCACCUGCUACUCGUGCGGUGGUUUCGGUCACAUGAGCCGUGACUGCACCCAGGGCCAGAAGUGCUACAACUGCGGUGAGGUCGGCCAUCUGUCGCGCGACUGCCCCCAGGAGACUUCAUCUGAGCGUGUGUGCUACCGCUGCAAGCAGCCCGGCCACGUCCAGAGCGCCUGCCCCAACUAG